UACACAUUUCCGCAUUUUUGGCAGAGAGGAGGGUUAAAGGGGUACUUUUAACUCGCGCUGGCGUGGCAACAACAGCCGAUACCUUUAGGAUUAUGUCCAGGCUUCUUUUGAGAACACAUCUGAGAGCAUGUGUCGCCUCUCAGAUUCGAAUGGCAUCCGAACAGCUCGGUGAACUAGGCAGGGGAGCAGGAAAAGGUGGCGGGGCAGGAGGCGCCGUGAGGGAAGCAGGGGGAGCCUUUGGAAAACGAGAAGUUGCAGAGGAGGAGCGGUACUUCAGGCAAAAGGAGAAGGAGCAGAUGGAAGCACUGAGGAAGCACCAUACAGAGGAGAUUGAGCACCACAAAAAGGAGAUUGAGCGCCUACAAAAGGAGAUUGACCGUCAUAAGGGCAAAAUUAGGAAGCUUAAACAUGAUGACUGAACCAUCAUAUUAUUGUACCAUAAAUGAUAAUCAAAUGCUGACUGGUUAGAUAGACCAAGUCUGUUAUCGCAGACAAUUUUGAAUGCAACAACCAAUAAAGUGCUUAAUAUUUCA